AUGGGUCAUAACCCGAAGAAGUUCAAAAGUGCAGAGUUCAUCAAUGACUCCAAUAGCUCAAAUGAUGAUGGCAGCGUCCUUGACAUUUCAUCAAUGUCUUCCGAUUCCGAUAGCUCAGGGUCAUCAACAGCAUUCAGAUCGGCAGGGCCAAGCAUUUUCAAUUUUGACACUUGGGACAGUAUAGAUCGCGAACUAGACGCAUUGCCUGCUCUGCCUCCAGUUAUAGGGCCUCUUCAAGCACCUAGUAAAGUCAAGUCAAAAAAGAAAAAAUUGAAGCAGCCUCAACCUGCAACUCUCCCUCCCAAUGAGCCAGAGGUUAUACCCAAUCAAGUAGCUCCACCACGUAUUGAGGCAACAUACAGCAUCAUGAUUCUGCCGUACAGUGAGCUCAAGAAAGAUGACAUCAAGAAACAUGUCGGCACUGUGUUAAGACCAUGCUCAGGGUGCAAGGAUCAGUCAUCAGACAAGGAGAACAACGGAGAAAGAAAUGAGCAUGAGAAUCAUAGCAGCUCAGAAUCGAGUGACGAUGGCAAGAAGAGGAAGCCGAAGAAGAAGAAGAAAAUAAAGGCACCGAAGGCCAAUGACAUAGACGAAGAGAUGAAACCAAUCAACAAGAACAUCAAGGCUUUAUCGGAUUGGUGGGUUUGUCAUAAAAAGCCAGGCUGCUUGAGCAACUACUGCUACCCAAACCCUGGUGACAAUGGAUCUCAUGUUCAUCUCACAUUUCCCCUUCUCAAAUGCUGGGCAGCUGCAAUGGAAAAAGGGCCAGAGUAUGCCACUCUUGAGAUGCCUCCUAACCAUUCUUCCUUCAGUAUUAUUUCUUCUGAUUCUCUUGGACAGCCCUCGCUUCUUUCUGUCCGCCGCCAACAGCUCGACGAACAAUCCAAGAAAGCCACUCAGGCUGAGGCUGUGCCUGCUGCACCCACACAAGCCAGACCUGUAAUCAAUGCCAACUUUCCCCCCAAAAUGUUCCAAGCCAUACGUGCAGCAUCUGUCUCAGAACCUGUCCAUCGUGCACCAGCCCCUACCUUGCCUCCACCUGCUGUAUUGCUACCUCUUGCUGUUCCAGCUUCUCUCAGCUCUUUGCUCUUGUCGACACAACUUGCUUCCCUUGGACCGAGGAUGAACCUUGUGGACUUUUGCUCUGCUUAUGAACUUUCACAAAUUCUUCAGUCAAAACUCUCAGAUCAUGGUUUUACGUCUUCGCAUUCCCUUUGUUAUGUCACUGUUGAUGAUUUGCAAAAGGUGGGCUUACUUUGUGGAGAACUUGCUGAGCUCAAGGAUGCAGUUGCCCGCUGGUGUGGUGAAUAA